GCGCGGACAUGUUUAGUGGAGAGACUCUGUUGCUGUUUUUCAUGUCCUUCUCGACGUCAUUCCAUGGUCAGCAAUUCGAUACUCUUUUAUGUCUCUGUCCCGUAGAAAUCUAGCAUCGCGAACCUCAUGACUUCCUCAGACUCGUCCCACCAGCCCGGACGCCUCUCUCUCCACCCUCAUCCGUCCCAGAUAGCUCGCCCGCUCCCCUUCUUCCACCCCACACACGCGCUAUUUGUUCCCUCAGAGACGUCACAGCCCGGCGAGCCAACAAACUCUACGCAUUGGUCCUCCAGAGCGUCCCGCAAAAACCGAUACACACCCAAGCACGUCCCAUUACAACGCUAUCAAGAUGCCUCAAGACCGACAGACGAGAAAAUGCAGCAACACCACACCGUUAUGCUCACAGAGAAACGGCUGCGGCAUCCGUAUACUAUGCUGAAGGUGCACCUCGUGUGGGAUGUGUCCUUCUGGGUCGCGGUCGCUUUCGUUAUCGGUUCUGCUGCAUGGAUAUGCAACGGGCACCUGCUAUAUACCCCACUCUCCCCGACGCCCUCCCCUCCACACAAGAACGCCGCCGCCUGGCUGGCAUUCGUCGGCGGCACGUCCUUCGUGGUCGGCGCGUACCUAAUGUACGUCGAGAGCCUGCCCGCCAACACCGGGCACGCCGAGCUGUACGACGAGUUCCACGAACAUCUUGCGCGGCUUGGAGGAGAUCUGGAGAGGCAUGUGGGAACACACAACGAAGAUGGUGCCACGGACGUGAAGCCGAAGCAGGGUCGGACACUCAGAUGGGUCGGCCUAGGAUCCCCGCGAGACAUCGGGUUCCUGGCCUCGCUGAUUCAGUUCUUCGCCGCCAGUGUAUUCUGGAUAUCCACAAUCACGGGUCUCCCUAACGUCAUACCCACCCUUGAUGAGAAGAACACCGCCGUGUCGGUCGUGCUGUUCUGGACGCCGCAGGUCGUCGGAGGAUGCGGCUUCAUGGUCGCUUCGGUUCUGCUCAUGCUCGAGGAGCAGAAGGCUUGGUGGAAGAUUGCCCCCCUGAGGCUCGGCUGGUGAGCUUU